GUCGUUGACUUGACUUGAAAAUACAAAAUCGUCGACCGACAGCGGCGUUUGGUUGAACUCAGGAUUUUGCUGUUUUUAUUUUAGCUCGUGGUGCUAUGAAUUUUGUCGCUUAUUUUUAAUUUAUACUGAUUUCGAAAUGGGCGACGAACAUGACAGCCCAAACCAUAAUCAUAAAUCAACGCCCCCAACACAAAGAAAAGUUCGUAAUCCAUUUGAUAGCGCUUUGAUUGAAAGGUUACACAAACCAAUUUGCAGUCCAGGUAUGUGCAAGAUUUAUAAGAAGAAAAAUAGUGGGUCUUUUCGUUGGGACAUCGACCAAGCAUGUACUCUGCUACCUGCGGAUAUUGUCGCCUGCAAUAGCCAGUUUGAACCAUCGCCUGAUCCUGCUUUAGAAAAAAUUGCCGAAGAAGCUACUGAAAUAUUCUUCUCUCAAGAAAUGGUAAUGCCUAGUCCAAUGGAGUCUUCCAAGAAAAUAAAGCCAUUGCUUCAUAUAUCUGACUCAAGUUUACAGAUAGCCAGUUUCAAAGAAAGUACUAUUAUCAUGAAAGAUGUUUCAGCUCAGACUGUGCUGACAUUGCCUCCAGAACUGCCUCCUGAAAUUGAGAAAAUCCUACAGCCAUUCUGCACAUACAAUCAGGAUCAAAACAUCUCAGGAGAUUAUGAGAUAACAGCAAAUGGCUCCUUAUGUCGAAAGUUGUACUUUGAAGAGCAUAGUGAUCUGGAACAUUAUGACUCUGAACAAACUGAUGAUGAAAUACAUGUUGAACAAAGACCACCUUCUAGUUAUGAAGCUCAUACGCCCGUUACAUUUAGUCCUGAUUUACCUACAAGAGAUCUAGUAGCAAAAGGCAUGAAACGUACAUUCGGUACCCCAUUGAAUAAGGGUAAUUCCGCAACCAGUAAGCCAAGGAACAAAAUAUUGGAUGUCGCUGACUUUGGCGAGGCGUGUUUCAGCCCAAUUGAGUUUCGCACACCGAAACGGGUAGGCCAGGAAUCGGGUACAUCUUCUUCGCUUGCUUCUACCUCGAUCUCGCCUCUUACCAAAGCAGCUUCCAGUGAUGAGGAGAAAAACAAUUUCACAUCACCCGAAUCAGAGGCUAUGGCCACUUGUUUAGACUGCAUUGUGUCUGGUUCUGAUAGUGAAAAGAAGGGUCCAUGUUUCUGCCCGAGCUCUAACAAAACUUCAGUGAGGAGGAGCACAUCCCUCAAGGAAUCCCCGCCUCGAAGCAGGAAGGGCUCCCAGUCUUUUUCUGAGAAGCGCAGCCUGAGUUUAUCCAGUUUGCAUAGGAGUCGGUCUGUGCAGAAGUUGGACUUUAGUAUGGACAUGAGCAUUGAUGGGUCACUGCAUGAUCGUUCACAAGCUGACUCUGAAUCAACCCCCCCACCGAGCAGUCAGGCCAGCUGGUCCAUCGUGGAGGAGACGAGCAUUCAUCAAUUAGUUAAAUUAGACUCCUUUAAGAAUAAUUCUGAUUCUGAUGUCCAGUCGUCCACGAAAAUUCAUAUCAAUAUACUUGACGACACACCAAUCAAAGGGAAGAGCAAAAGUAACGUGCUAAGCCACGAAAUUAGUAAAAUACGUGCGCCAUUAAAUUUAAGUCCGGCGCAAAUGUCCUUAGAUAAUAGCUUAGAUAAUUCGGAGAACGCACUAGGUUUGGAGGAUAAGAAGGUAGACUUCAAUAAGAUUGAUCUCAAAUAUUUGACUGAAAAUGCAUCUCAAUUCGAUAAUACUAAUAACGCCUUGAAAAUGGGAGGCGAUAGCUCAGUUAGUUUUAAGAGAGUAGAUAGUGGAUUUAACGAGAACACGUUCUAUGCGAACGCUUCUAGUUAUUACGAAAGUGCCAUAAAACCAUCUGAAUUGACUGUGACCAACAUGUCAAAGAUGAAUAAUAGUAAGACUGCAUUGAAAGAGAUAUCUAAUAUACCAUGGGCAAGAUUUGAUAGCGGUUUUAAGGAUGAGAAUUCUUCGGACAGUGUACAGUUUUAUACAAAUAACGAAUCUAUGAAAAAGGGGAAUCGUUACCGCUUUUCGGAAGCACAAAUAGAGGACAAGGAAAAUGUAGCAACAGAAAAUUUUGGUUUCUUUGUGCCAAAUAAUAAAAACGACGCUAUGUCGAUGUCUGAUAUGUUUGCCGAUGACAUGACAUUCAAUUGUAACUUCUCUUCAACUCCUUCAAAAAAUAAGUCCCGAAAAAUACAUUCAUAGAGGAGGAAUUUGGUAAUUUUGAACAUAUUAUGAAUUUUUAUUAUUUAGCUUUUUGACACUACUCCAUUAUUGUGGAUGUUUUUAUCGAAUUAGAUUUUGUUAAAGAUGGUAAUAUUUUUGCAUGAAAUAAUUAUUAUGUGAUUGAUAUUGAUAGUGUGUUUACUUGGGUCAAGUAGUAUCUAAUAAAAUUUCAAGACUGAAAUGUAAAACUGUUUUAUGAUUGCGUCCUGCAAUUUUAUGGUUUAUGCCUAAAAUGUUAGAAUCCCUUUGAACUUUGACUCAGUUUCCCUGAUUAUAUCGUGAACGUAGUCGUAGCUCGUAGGUCGAGAUCCGCUAAAGUCUGUAUACGAUUCUGAACAUGUCAUUAAGGUGAGCAGAAGAGAUUUAAAUUAAUUGUAUCCUAAAUAUACGAUUCAAGAGUAGGUACCUAUAUCCUUGAGGUUGUUUUCAUCUUCGC